UUGCUGUGUUCUGGGACAUAGAGCUGUUUCAGUAUUGUUUUGAAGUAAUAGAAAUUUACUUUGCCUUUACCACGGAAGAAAUGGCAGAAAUCGCUCCUACAGCAGCUCCUGCUCCGCUUAAGGCUGCCAGGACCACCAAGAAGAAAAGCGCUACCAAGCCAAAGAAAGCGGGCCCUAGCGUGUCUGACCUCAUCGUCAAGGCAGUGUCUGCUUCCAAGGAGUGCAGCGGCGUGUCUCUGGCUGCGCUCAAAAAAGCUCUGGCGGCCGGCGGCUACGACGUGGAAAAGAACAACUCCUGCGUCAACAUGGCAGUCAAGAGUCUGGUGAGCAAGGAGACCCUGCUGCAGACCAAGGGCGUCGGUGCUUCUGGCUCCUUCAAACUCAAUAAAAAGGUGGCUGAAGCCAAGGAUAAGGCAGCUAAAAAGAACACAGCGGUGAAGAAGGCUGCUCCUAAGAAGGCUCCAGCAAAGAAACCUGCAACCAAGAAGGCAGUAACCAAGAGCCCAAAGAAGGCAAAGAAACCUGCGGCUAAGAAAGCAGCAAAGAGCCCCAAAAAAGCAAAGAAACCAGCUGCUAAGACAGAAGCAACGAGCCCCAAAAAGGCAAAGAAACCAGCUGCUAAGAAGCCAGCCAAGAGUCAUAAGAAAGCUGCUAAAGCCAAGGUGGUGAAGACCAAGCGGGCAGCUCCUAAAAGGCGCUGA